AUGGGGUUCAAAACAAGUAUCAAUGAAUUUGUUUUUUCUAUUUUGAUCCUCUUAAUAAUCCCAACACUAAUAGCUGCAGAAUGCACAUGUGAUGAAGAUAGAAACAAAGCCAAAGCCCUAGUUUACAUCCCACUUCUUGGAAAAAUGAUAACUGCUGCAUUAAACCCUGAAAUCAUCAAAGCCUUUGCGGCCGGAGUCAUAUUAUCUACCACUUUCAUUCAUGUUCCGUUUACGGAAGCUCUUGCACGGCUCACAACUCAAGACGAGUUUGAUUACAAUUGUCCCGGUUUGGCUGAUCAAAACCCGGAUGAAUUGGAGGAAAGCGGUGUGCCAUGGUUGUAUGCUUCUAUUUCUGAAUCAGACAUUGAAGAGUGGCCUAAACUUACUGAAUACUUCAGACGAUAUCGAGAGCUGGAAAAUGAGGAUUGA